ACACGUGAUUUACCAACACAAAAAAGAAGAAGAACCGAAGCCGUGAAAAAAAUAUUUUUAUUGUAACUCGCUGUACAUGUGUGGCGUAUUUACUUUGUUUUAACCUAAUAUUGAAUUAAAAAACAACACAAAAUAAACAAUAACGCUAAAGCAAAAUUGAAAUACCAUGGCCAAAGAUGUGGAAACAUCAACUAUUCCCAGCACACCAUCAGUAGCAACAAGCGAAGAAGAGGAGCAAUCCAACAAAAGUGACACAAAAGUACCCAAAAAAUCACAUGCAGCCGCCAAUUUAAACAAUCGCUGCAGUGUUUGUUUUCAACGCUUUACCACGCUGCAGGAAUGCCUGAAACAUGAACUACUUGAACAUAGUUUACAAAAGAAGAAUGGUGCCAAGAAUGGCACCAACGUUGAAAGUCGCAUUAAGGCAACGAUAAAGUCGUUAAAAUCUCAGGAGAAACAAGAGGAACGCAAAAAGGUACACACUGCCCUGGUGCAGUGUCAAAAGGGCCAAGAAUUAAUGGCCAUAAUGAAACAUCUGUGCAUGGACAACGAUAGUUUGGUGUUGAUAUUUACGCGAAUCCAAACGUGUUUGGAAAAGGAGUUACGUUUCUUGGGGUCAGUGAGAAUAUUUCCAUUCGGUUCGAUUGCCAGCCGCUUGGCAUUGAGAGAUGCUGAUAUCGACAUUUUCCUAGACGCAUCAGAAAUACCCACCAGAGAUGACAAAAAAUUAGCAACGCCACAGAAACGUGGUGCCUUCAAUCGCAUCAGUGCAGCUCUGCAUCGCAGCCCGCUUUUUGUCGAUGUUUUUGCCAUACGCAAUGCCCGUGUCCCGAUCAUCAAAUGUAAACAUCGUGACACAGGCUUCAGUAUUGACAUUAACAUUUCAUGUCCCAGCAGCAUGGAGAAUACCCAGUUUAUCAGCGAAUUGGUGCAGAAUGAUCGGCGGUUGCAUGAACUUUUGCUGUUCCUAAAGUUGUGGGCUAAAAAUAUGCAUAUUAUUGGUCGGGCCAAUAUGACCAGCUACUGUUUGAUAACAAUGAUUAUUUUCUAUUUGCAACAGCCAUUAAAAUUGCCGGGUGGAGAACAUCGUAUCCUCAAAUCGGUGAAAUCCCUACAAAAAGACUGCCAAGCCCGUCUGGUUCAGGGCAUAAAUUAUUCGUUUGAUUUGAAAACCAUGGCCAAUAAACCAAAAAUACCCAAAGGUUUUUCAUCCCUGGAUUUGAUCAAGGGCUUCUUCAACUUCUACAAGAAUUACAAUUUCGAAGACAAUCUAAUAUCGCCGUUUUAUGGCAGAUCUAUUGUCAAAAAGGACUUUAAUGAGGAUAACUAUAAGGAAUACAGUAAACAACUGGUAACCAUUGGCCAAUAUUUGAAUGGUGUGCCGCCGGAGCCAAUACAAUUAGAUCGCUGUAUGUGUGUACAGGACUCAUUUGGUCUGAAUCACAAUGUGGCCAGAAGCAUGUUGCCACCCAAUAAAAAAUAUUUUAUUAUGUGUCUGGAGAAUGCAGCUGUAAUAUGUGAAAAUCUCAACAAGACCACAGCCGGAGAAAUUCUCGAAAAGCUUUUAUAUGAAACAAUUGCUGUGGCGAACCCCAGUAUUGAGAAACAAAUUGUUUUGGCACAAAAUCAAACGAAUGCAAAAACUGUGGCAAAUGACAACACCGGUGCUGGCAAUGGCGUCACCAUAGAAUCAGCUAAAUGUCUGGCCCACACAAUGACACCUUCAAAAUCCGAUUUAAAUAUCCUAACCACUAGCCAAGCGUUAAACACCAAUAAUACCAUGGAUAUUUUACGCUCCUGGUGUGAUCACUACAAGGAGGCAAUACAAAAAAUGCUCACCGAUUUCUUUCACAUGGAACUGCAACCGGACAGUCAUACGCCACAGAAACAACAGCGGCUGGAAAAUGCACAGCUCAGCGAAAGUUGGCACAUGAGUGCCAGUGUGGAUUUGUGGUCGAAUCGUUUCUUUCAAAAAACCACCCAUCAAACAUUCUGGGAAUAUCAAAUGGCUCAAACGGAACGUUUGCAUGCCAUACGGCGACAAGAUGCUAAAUUUGCGGUGCAAAUCAAUGCCAUAUUGAGUAUUGACAUUGCGGCCGAUUAUACCAGUAUAACGCUGAAAAUCACGCUACCAGAUGGUUCACCAACAUCGAGUCUCAAUAAAAGAGAUCCAUUGAGGAAAUUUUUCAAUAUCUUCCGCAAUACAUUACAGAAUUAUGGGUUAAAAGAUGCUUUGGAUAAAAGCGAGGAGGCUAAGACGACGAAGCCCUUGGAUGGGGACCUAACAGCAAAUGACGUAAAGUCGUAAUCUCUAGUAGAGCAUCACAUUA